AUGCAAGGAAUUGACCGAAUUAAUAAAUCUCAAGGAUUUCCACCUUUAAUCGCUAAAUCUGAAACCAUUGAAGAACUUCCGUCAACAUCAAAAAUUCCAACAUUGCCUUCAAUUUCGCCAAAACAUUCCAAUGAAAAGAAACUCAAGAAACGACAAAUGUCGAGUGAAUCUGACAUAACAUGCGAUAUGAAAAACUUAAUUGAAACGAAAGUUAAGAAAUUGCAAGACAAUGCUUUCUUGUUUCUCGUCUAUACAAAUCCACCAUCAAGUGGAGACUUCAAUCCUUAUAGUCUCAUAGUUGUUCCCUUCUCGAAAAUCGAUAAAAACAAUUAUUUCACAAUGAGUAAAUUUGGCGUUACAUAUUGGAGUCCAACAGAGAAUUAUUUCACUCGUCUCGACGAUUGGUAUGCUGAAUAUUUAAUGUUUUGGAAAUUCAAAAGUAUAAAAACCUUUAAGAAGUUUCGUUUAUGGAAAACUUUCCAUAUUUGGAAUAAAAGCAUAAAAUGGAGAAAGUACAAUGAAGCUCGUUUGUAUCUUGGCGACAAUUUAUUCUUUGCUAUUCCGGAUCUGCACAAAGCAUUGAUCGUUAUGCGUGAAGAUUAUUGUCAACUAAUUAAUAAAAAAUUCACUGACAUCAAAGUUCUGGAGAACUGGAAUUUGUUUUACUUCAUUGAAAGUCAAAUGGCGCAAUUCGAGCACACGAAAGAACUUUUGAAUAGUUUUCGGAAGAAAAUUCUUACAGAACUAUUUCAUGCAUGCUACGAAGCAAUCCAAGCUCGAGGCUUUUCACCUGAAGAUGAGAUCAUCAAUUGCAAAUCAGUUAAAAAAGUUAAAGAACAAAUCAGUUUCAAUAUGCGAGCUAAAAAAAGGAAUUUUUGUUUGAGACUUACAAGCUUUCUGCGUUUGGCUGACUACAUAAUCAUUGAAGUUCUUCAUUCUGUUCUUCACAACUCAUUCGAUGAAAUUGCAAAAGUAUUUCAAAUCCACACCGAUUUGGGACCAAGUUUCCAGAGAUUGAAAGCAGUGACUGAUACUGGAAAACCUGUUGAAGACUCAAGACCUGAGGGAGUUCCACAAAAUCCUUUAAUGUCAGCGGAAUUGCUUCUUAAACCCGACAGUAUCGAAGUUGAUCCAUCGCGAAGUGUAACUUCACAUAUUGUCGGUCAAAUUAUUAAUUUAUUUUAUGAAGCUGUUAUGGAAAUUGAAGCCUUUCAAAGCGAUGCUAGGUUUAAACUUUUUACUGAGCCAAGUAUUGUUGGACGUCAAGAAGAUCGUUUGUUUGACAGGGCAUUGUCGAUUUAUUUCAUGAUCAACAUAGAUCAGAAGAUGAAGGAUGACAAACAAUCAGUCAUUGAUAACAUUACGAUUGCUUAUGAUAAAGUUGAUGAAUAUGUGAAACGAUUCAAUCCAAUUCGAGAAGCCUACAAAGAAGAUGUUCAGAUGGAUAAGGAAAAGUUGAGGAAUGAGAAAGAUCUUGACACACUCAUCACAUAUUGUGAACGUUACACAACAGAAAUGAUGGGAUUAGAAGGCAUUCUAUCAAAUUGCAAUUUGGGUUUAUUGCAAUUGAAGCAAGGAACGUUUAAAGAUGAAAUCAUUCCAACAUGUCGUGAGUUGCUUUCAAUUCUUGAACAACUUUUACCGAAUCUUGCUGAAGAAACUGUUUUGGAAGUUCGUGAAAAGGCUGAGAAUUUAAUGACGAAACUAACGACAGUGCCAGUUGACGCACAAAGUUUUGUUAAUUAUUUAGAUUUCUUGGAAAAAUGUUCAACACGUAUUGAAGACAUUGAGAAAGUUCUCGGCUAUGCAUUGCGUGCUUUCCAAAUCAUGAAAGACUUUGAAAUUAUGAUAAGCGAUGAAGAAAAAGAAAAAUUUUCAAACACAGAACAAUUUCUUCUUCACCUGAAAGCCGAACUUCGAUUAAAAGUUGAAGCUCGACAAGAUAUUAUCGAUCAACUUGCUGCAAGUCUUCAAAGCGACAUUAAAAAUAUUUUCGAAGACGUUGAGUCAGUUCGAGUUGAGAUAAUAAAACCGGAAUUAAUUGACGAACAUUCUGAAAGUUCAACAGUACGAGAAAUUCUUUCUGAACUCAUGGAAAAGCUUCACGAAUGUCAAGAAGAUUCUCAAAAGAUAAGAAAAUGGCAAAAAGAAUUUCGAAUUGAAAUCACACGAUUCGAUUCUCUUGACAUUGUGUUUCAAGAAGUUCGAUUACGACAAUUGCUUUGGGAUAGCAUUCAACAAUGGAAAGAUUGCUAUGAAGAGUGGAAUGAAAUGUCAUUUCACAAACUUAACAUGCAACAAAUUGUUGAACUUAACACUAAAACUUUAAAAAAUUGUGGAAUGCUUGAAAAAAAUCUCCCGAAGAAUGAAAUUGUUCCAAGAUUAAAGAAUGAAUGUGAAGAGUUUAAGGAAAAAAUUCCAGUUUUGCAAUGUUUAAGAUCUCCCGACUUAAAGCCACGUCAUUGGCUGAAGAUUGAACAAAUUCUCGAUCGUAAAUUGCUAGGAGUUGAAACGCUUUCACUUUAUACAUUUGAAGAUGCAAAUGCAUUUGAAGGGGAAAACGCAAACGCAAUUCAAGAUAUUAGUGGACAAGCAAGUGGAGAAGCACGGCUUGAAGACUCGUUGAAGAAAGUUGACACAGUUUGGAAGACUCAAGAACUUUUAAUAGCCCCUCAUAGAGAUUCACGUGAUAUUUUUAUUCUUGCCGGUGCUGAUGAAAUUCAAGCAGUGCUAGAUGAUUCGAACAUCACAAUAACAACAAUUGCUGCUUCAAGAUAUAUUGGAGCAUUAAAGCCAAGAGUUGACGAAUGGGUUCGUCAAUUGGAUGUGUUUGGGAAGACGUUAGAUGAAUGGAUGUCAUGUCAACAGAGUUGGAUUUAUCUUGAAGCGAUUUUUUCAUCUCCUGACAUUCAACGACAACUUCCACACGAAGCAAAAAUGUUUACUGUUGUUGAUAAGAAUUGGAAGGAGAUCAUGAGAAAUGUUGCUAAACAUCCACUCGCAUUACCUGUCAUGACACAAAACGGUUAUCUCGAAGUCAUGAUUAGAAACAAUGGAUUACUUGAACAAGUCACGAGAUGUCUUGAAGCAUAUCUUGAAGUUAAGCGUGCAGCUUUUCCACGUUUCUAUUUUCUAUCAAACGAUGAGUUGCUUGAAAUUCUAGCACAAACUAAAAACCCUCACGCAGUUCAACCUCAUUUACGUAAAUGUUUCGAUGCAAUCGCAAGAAUAGAAUUUGGAACGAAAUUUGGUGAGAAUAAAAAUGAAAAAAUUCAAACAAAUGACAUUUUGGCGAUGAUUUCACCGGAGGGCGAAAGAGUUGAAUUCAAUCGAGGGUUGAAAGCUCGUGGAGCUGUUGAAGAUUGGCUUGGAAAGGGUGAAGAUGCGAUGAAUGCUUCACUUAAACGAUGCAUGAAGUACGCUUAUCAAGUCUACCCAUUAAUGGAACGAACAGUUUGGCUUGGCAAUCAUCCAAAUCAAGUCGUCCUUACCGUUUCUCAACAACAAUGGGCACUUGAAGUUCACAAGAUUUUAGACUCUCAAGACGAGCCAUCUGAAGUGAUAAAAAAUCUGAAAAGUUUCGAAGAGACAUUGACGAAGAAUUUAACAUCUUUAGCCACAAUGGCUCGAAUGAGUCUCAGCCCACUUUUAAGGAAAGUUCUCUGCGCUUUAAUCACGAUUGAUGUUCAUGCUAAAGACACAAUCACAAGCAUGAUUGCUGAUAAAGUUGUCAAGUCUGAUGACUUCAACUGGUUGAAAAUGCUUCGUUACUAUUGGCUAGCAGAUUCCGAGACGAUGGAAGCGAGGAUGGCAUCAGCGAAUGUUCCUUACUUUUACGAGUAUCUCGGAGCUGGUGGUGUUCUUGUCAUCACUCCUUUGACAGAUCGCUGUUAUUUAUGUCUAAUGGGAGCUUUACAAAUGGAUCUUGGUGGUGCACCAGCCGGCCCUGCUGGUACUGGAAAAACUGAAACAACGAAAGAUCUUGCAAAAGCUUUAGCAAUUCAAUGUGUCGUGUUUAACUGUUCUGAUGGUCUCGAUUACAAAAUGAUGGGACGAUUCUUCUCGGGAUUAGCUCAAAGUGGUGCUUGGUGUUGUUUCGAUGAAUUUAACCGAAUUGACAUUGAAGUUCUUUCUGUCAUUGCACAACAAUUAAUCACAAUUCGCAAUGCAAAAGCAAUGAAAGCGAAAAGAUUUAUUUUUGAAGGUCGUGAAAUUAAAUUAGUGCAAUCGUGUUGUGCUUUUAUAACGAUGAAUCCGGGAUAUGCUGGAAGAACUGAACUUCCUGACAAUCUCAAAGCACUUUUUCGACCUGUUUCGAUGAUGAUUCCUGAUUAUAAACUUAUAGCGACGGUGAUUCUCUACUCAGAAGGUUUCGAGAACUCAAAGAGACUCGCACAGAAAAUGGUUCAAAUGUAUAAACUUUGCAGUGAACAAUUGAGUCAACAAGAUCAUUAUGACUUUGGAAUGCGAGCUGUUAAAAGUGUCUUAGUGAUGGCUGGAGCAUUGAAACGUGCUGCACCACAUCAAUCAGAGGACAUCACACUGAUUUGUGCUUUACGUGACUCAAACUUACCAAAGUUUCUCAGUGACGAUGCGAUUCUCUUUAAAGGAAUCCUAAAUGAUUUGUUUCCUGGCAUUGAACUUCCAGUAAGUGAAUAUGGAGAGUUGCAAGAAGCCAUCGAGUUUUGUAUGAAAGCAAGAAAUCUUCAAACACUUCCAGCUUUAGUCACGAAAUGUAUUCAACUUUUUGAGACGAUGCGAGUACGUUGGGGUGUGAUGCAAGUUGGACCAGCUGGAAGUGGAAAGACUUCAAUUCUUUAUACACUUGCAGAUGCAUUAACAAAGUUGUGCAAUGAUGAAGUUCAAGGGUCAGAAUAUCGACAAGUCAGAAUUCAAAGUUUAAAUCCGAAAGCAGUGACGAUGGAUGAACUUUAUGGUGCUGUGAAUCUUGCAACAUUGGAAUGGAAAGAUGGCUUGCUUGGACUUGCAGUUCGUUCAGCUGUUAAUGUCAUUGAAGAACAACACCAAUGGAUCGUUUGUGAUGGCCCUGUUGAUGCAGUUUGGAUUGAAAACCUCAACACUUUACUUGAUGACAACAAAAUGCUUUGCUUAGCAAAUUCUGAAAGAAUUAAACUCACACCUUGGGUUCAUAUGGUGUUUGAAGUUCAAGAUCUCGCACAAGCGUCACCAGCAACAGUUUCUCGUUGUGGAAUGGUCUACAUUGACUCAGCUGAUUUAACAUGGAAUGCUUUAAUUAUGUCAUGGUUCAAUACAAUCGAUGAAGACGUUUUCGAUUCAGGAUUGAAAUCGUAUUUGAAGCUUUUAUUUGAUAAUUUUUUUGAUGACCUUUUGAAGUUUGCAAGAAUGAAAUGUUCGUUCAUGAUACAUCAAGUUGAGAUAAGUAAGAUUGAUAUGCUUUGUACAUUGUUGAAAUCGAUACUGCUGGAAAUUCCAAACGUCAAUCUCAUGGAUGAAGACGAUGUGAAGUGUUACAUUUGUAAGAUUUGGAUUUGGGCAACACUUUGGUCGAUUGGAUCGAAUCUCAUGGAAUCGUCUCGUGUAAUGUUAGAACAACAAAUGAGACAACUUGUUGAAAAAUUUCAAGAUGCUGAUUUACCAAGUGAGAGUCUUUGGGAAUUUCGAAUCAAUCCUGACACGAAACUUUGGGAGAAAUGGGAAAAAAUUAUUCCGCCAUUUGUUUUCAAUCCGAAUAUGUCGUUCUUCGACAUGCUCGUGCCAACAUGUGACACUGUGCGAUUUGGAUAUGUCACUGAGAUUCUCUUCAAAGCUGGUCAUCCUGUGAUGUUCACUGGUGAGACUGGUGUUGGAAAGUCUGUCAUUGCUAAGCAGAUACUCACAAAAUUAUUAAAAGAAGGUUCAAUCAUUCCAGUUGUGUUGAAUUUCUCAGCACAAACAAGCAGCACAAGAACGCAAGAAAUGAUUGAAGCUCGAUUGGAGAAGAGAAAGAAGACUUUGUUGGGAGCUCCCAUAGGAAAGAAGUUAAUCUUCUUCAUCGAUGAUGUAAACAUGCCAAAACUUGAAACUUAUGGCGCGCAGCCACCGAUAGAAUUGCUUCGUCAGUUCCUUGACUUUAAGGGUUUGUUUGAUCGUGAUAAAAUGUAUUGGAAGAAUAUCGCUGAUGUCAUAUUGGGAGCUGCUUGUGGACCAGCUGGUGGUGGAAGGAACCCAUUAAGUCCACGUUUCGUUCGUCACUUUUCUCUGCUUUCAUUUCCAUCACCAAACAGUGCAACACUUGUAGGAAUCUUCAGUGGAAUUAUUGGCGGAUUCUUCUCUGACUUUUCAAAGCCUAUUUGGAGUCUUGCAGAGCCGGUGGUUCAUGCUGCAGUUUCGAUGUAUGAGAGAAUCUCUCAAGAACUUCUUCCAACACCUGCAAAGUCUCACUAUGUCUUCAACUUGCGAGAUCUCUCGAAAUGUGUUCAAGGAAUCCUUCAAGCUGACACAGCUUCGUAUACAACUCAACUUCAGAUUCUCAGACUUUUCCAUCAUGAAUCGAUGAGAGUUUUUCACGAUCGUCUCGUUAAUGAAGACGACAAAAGUUACUUUAAGAAGCUUUUGAAGGAAAUUUCAAUGAAGUAUUUCGAAACAAAUGUUGCUAAAGAUGGUGAAGUUUUAAUGUUUGGAGAUUUUAUGAUUUUCGGCCAAGCACGUGAAAAUCGAGUUUACGAAGAAAUCAAAAACAUUGAAAAGCUGAAAAAUAUUUUGAAUGAUUAUCUUCAAGAUUACAAUUCGUCGAGUGGAAAAGCAGAAAUGAAUCUUAUUUUGUUUCAAGAUGCAAUCGAUCACAUUUUAAGAUUGACGAGACUCCUUCGAUCUGAACGUGGUAAUGGUUUACUCGUUGGAUUAAGUGGAAUGGGAAAGCAAUCAAUAACACGAAUUGCAUCACAUAUUAAUGGAUAUCAAUGCAUGCAAAUUGAGUUAAUUCGUGGAUAUGAUCAAUCUUCAUUUCGUGAAGAUCUCAGAAAGAAUUACACAAACGCUGGUGUCAACAAUAAUCCAACAACCUUCCUUCUAAACGACACACAAAUUGUUAAAGAAGAAUUCCUUGAAGACAUCAACAACGUUUUGAACUCGGGCGAUGUUCCAAAUCUUUUUGAAGGUGAUGAAUAUGAGAAAGUCAUUCUCAACACGAGAGUUGCUUGUAUUGAAGCUAAUCAAGAGAAGGAAACGACACGAGAUGCAAUUUUUGAGUUUUUUAUUUCACGUGUUCGAGCGAAUCUUCAUGUCGUGAUUUGUAUGAGUCCAAUCGGUGACGCUUUUCGUAGACGUUGUCGAAUGUUUCCAUCAUUGGUGAAUUGUUGCACAAUUGAUUGGUUUGUUAAAUGGCCGAAAGAAGCUCUUUAUUCAGUUGCAAUUGGUUCAUUAGAAUCGAUUGCUGAAGAUGGAAAGCAAUGCGAAAAUUUGACGACAAUUUGUGUUAAGAUUCAUGAAAGUGUUGAAGAAGCUUCGGAGAGAUAUUACGAAGAAACAAAACGUCGUUUCUACACAACACCAAGCAGCUACUUAGAACUAUUGAAACAAUAUCAUUCGCUGUUCAAACGACGAGUCGAUUCAAUUAUUGCGAAACGAGAUCGAAUUGCAAAUGGAUUGGGAAAGAUUCUUGAAACCAAUGAGAUUGUUAAAGUAAUGGGAGAAGAACUUAAAGUAAUCGUUCCGAUUAUUGAACAGAAAUCAAAUGAAAUGAAAGUAACAGUUGCAAAGUUGGAGAAAGAUUCUGCUCAAGUUGAUGCGAUUAAGAAGAUUGUCGCACAAGAUGAAGCUGAGGCUAAGAUAAAAGCAGUUGAAACUCGAGAAUUGGCUGAUGAUGCAGCAAAAGAUCUGGAAACUGUCAUGCCACAACUUAGAACAGCUCAAGACGCCCUCAAAGCACUCAACAAAAGUGACGUUAAUGAAAUUCGCGUCUUUCAAAAGCCACCAAAACUUGUGCAGUUUGUCAUGGAAGCUGUUUGCAUUCUUCUUGGUGCUAAACCAGAUUGGAACACAGCAAAACAAAUCAUGUCUGAUGUCAAUUUCCUUAAGAAACUUCAAGAUUACGAUGCCAACAACAUUCAAGAUGCGACAGUCAAAAAGCUUAAACCUUACAUUGAUCAUAAAGAUUUCCAACCAGCGAUUGUUGAAAAGGUUUCCAAAACAGCACGAUCGAUGUGUUCGUGGGUGAUUGCAAUGAAUAAAUACGCUGAAGUGUACAAAGAUAUCGAACCAAAAGUAAGGAAACGUGACGACGCUGAGUAUGAGUUAAAGCAAGUCUUGUUGAUUCUCAAAAAGAAACAAAAUGAGUUGGCAGAAGUUGAAUCAAAGAUUCAAGUUUUGAAAGAUGAUUUGGAUAGGAAACAGAAAGAAAUGCUUGAAAUUCAGAAUCGUUUUGAUUUAAACAGCGUUCGAUUGAAUCGUGCUGGUCGUUUAACUGCUGCUUUAGUUGACGAGGAAGUUCGUUGGCGUGAAACCGUGAAAAGUUUGAAUGAAGAGUUGGUUGGCGUUCCUGGUGAUGUUUUAGUCGCGUCAGCUUGCAUCGCUUAUCUUGGUGCAUUCUCCAUCGAUUACCGUCGUCGAUUAUCAUCAGAAUGGAUGGAAGAAUGUCACAAAUUGAACAUUCCAAGCAGCUCCACGUUCUCUUUAAUUCAUUGUCUUGGCGAUCCUUAUGAAAUGCGUGAAUGGAACACUCAAGGCUUGCCACGUGACGAAAUUUCAAUAGAAAAUGGAAUUAUCGUCACACAAUCUGUUGUUAAUCGUCGAUGGCCUUUAAUGAUCGAUCCACAAGAACAAGCAAAUCGAUGGAUUCGAAAUAUGGAAAAGGAGAACAAUGUGAUAAUAACGAAGCAAUCAGAUCCGAAUUUAAUGAGAAUUCUUGAAAUGGCGAUAAGACAAGGAUCGUCAGUUUUACUAGAAGAGUUGGGUGAUGUUAUUGAUCCGUCAUUGCAACCAGUUUUGGCAUGUCAAGUUAUCAAUGCAGCAGGUGGAAGACUCAUGAUGAGAUUUGGUGACGUUGACAUUGACUUUGAUCCCAACUUUAAACUUUACAUGACAACAAAGUUGACAAAUCCGCAUUAUUUACCAGAAGUCUGCAUUCAAGUGACACUCAUCAACUUCCUUGUCACUGAAACUGGUCUUGAAGAUCAACUUCUCACCGAUGUUGUUCGAAUUGAACUACCGGAAAUGGAGAAACAAAGAAGUGAUUUGAUUGUCAGCAUAAAUGAAGAUAAGCAGCAACUCUUACAACUUGAAGAUAAAAUUCUGAAACUUCUCUUUUCAUCACAAGGAAAGAACAUUCUCGAUGAUGAAGAACUUGUUGACACAUUAAAUGAGUCUAAAGAGACUUCAAUUGUCAUUGAGUCGAGACUUGAUGAUGCUGAAAAGACGGAAGAGAUGAUAACGAUUGAAAGAGAGAAAUAUCGACCAUUAGCAGCGCAAGGUGCUGUGUUGUUCUUUGUUGUGACUUCAUUAGCUGAAAUCGAUCCAAUGUAUCAAUUUAGUUUGAAUUAUUUCUCGCAAGUCUUUUGCAGUGUCAUUUCUAAUCAAAGGAAUGAAAAAUCAAAUUCCUUUGACAUCCGAUUAGAAUAUUUAAUGAAACAAGAGACGCGUUCAAUCUUUUCAAACAUUUCUCGAGGACUUUUCGAACGUCACAAAUUAAUUUUCAGUUUUCUUCUUGCAACUGCCAUUGAGAAGCAUGUUGGAAAUCUAACAGAAGUUGAAAUUGAUUUCUUGCUUCGUGGACCGAUUGGAACGAAAGCAGAAAUUCGUCCAAAGCCAAAUAAACUUCAUCAGUACAGUGACAAGCAGUGGAUCAGUUGUCUUCAUCUUCAACAUGAAUUCAAAGAGUUUGAAACGUUAUCUGAGUAUCUUAAUCAAUCACAAAAAGUUAAAAUCCAACUUGAGGAUUAUCGAGAAGAUUUUAAUUUAAAUCAAUCAAGAAACUGGAAUGAAAUUUUGUCACCAUUCAAGAAGUUGAUGUUGGUGUCAGCUUUGAAACCAGAAAUGUUAGUGACAGCAAUCAAUUCGUACGUUCGAAAUAUUCUUGGACGAGAAUUCACUGAAUCCUUGUUGAAUAAAGGAAUGAAGUUCGGAUAUUGGAUAUUCCUACAAAAUUGUCAUUUAGCUACUUCCUGGAUGCCAAACAUGGAGACGAUAGUAAGAAACAUGUCAUUAGGAGAUGUCAAAGUUCAUCCAGAUUUCCGACUUCUUUUAUCUUCAAUGCCUUCAAAAACAUUUCCUGUUAGUGUCCUACAAAAUUCUGUAAAAUUAACCAACGAACCACCGAAAGGUAUUCGAGCAAAUCUCAUGAGAUCACUGACCGAUGGCUCCAUUAAAGAAGAAUCCUUUGAAGUUCACAUUCUGGGUAACAAAUGGAGAAAAAUGUUGUUCGGAAUUUGCAUGUUUCACGCAAUCAUCCUCGAGAGAAGGAAGUUUGGUAGUCUUGGUUUCAACAUAUUGUACGAGUUUAAUGAGAGCGACCGUGAAUGUGCCUUGAGGACAUUUGAAAUGUUUGUUGACAGGGAAACUCAAAAGCUGAUUCCAUGGCAAGCACUUGAAUACAUCAACGGUGAAAUAACCUACGGAGGUCGUGUAACUGAUGAAUGGGAUCAACGAUGUUUGAAAACAAUUUUGAAAACAUUUUCAUCAGAUAAAAUUCUCGAACCUGGUUACGCAUAUAGUAAAAGUGGAAUUUACAAAUGUCCUGAAGCGAGAUUGUUGAGUGAUUUCAAACAUUACGCAGAAGAGUUGCCAUACAACGACAUACCGGAGAUUUUCGGCAUGCAUGAUAACGCAAAUGUUGUUUUUCAAACAAAAGAAACUCAAUUUUUUCUUUCAACACUCUUAACAUCAGGUGGAAGUGGAUCAAGUGCAGUUGGAAACGAUGAAAUCGCUCUUGAAGUCAUUCGAGAUAUAAAAAAUUCAUUGGUGAAAGUUUUAAGUUUAGAGAGCAUGAAAUCGAAUUUAAUGGACUUGGAUGAGAAAGGAAGACCAGCACCUUUGACUACUGUUCUGCUUCAAGAGGUUGAAAGAUUUAACAAAUUGUUGAAAAAUGUUCACAACAGUUUGAACGAUGUGGAGAAGGCGAUUAAAGGUCUUGCAGUGAUGUCUGAGUCAUUGGAAGCAGUUUAUGAUGCUUUUCUUAUUAACACAGUUCCAACUUUGUGGUCACAAAAAGGCGGAUUUUUAUCAACAAAAACUCUUGCAAAUUGGGUGAAAGAUUUCGCAAUGCGAAUUGAAUUCAUUCAAAGUUGGAUUAAUUAUGGUCAGCCACAAUCAUCAUGGAUUUCUGGUCUCUUCUUUCCUCAAAGUUUUCUCACUGGAGUUCUUCAAACUCAUGCUCGCAAAUACACGCUUCCAAUCGAUUCUCUUCGAUUUGAUUUUCAAGUCUUGGACAAAACGUUGAAUCAACAGAAAAUCUUUGAAUUACGACAAGGAAAUUCUGGUGAAAGUUCUGCUUUGUAUGACGAUUUAAUUCACCCUGAAAAUGGAAUUUACGUUCAUGGAUUGUUUAUUGAAGCUGGUAAAUGGGACGGUAAGAAAGGUGGACUUUGUGAACCAAACCUUGGUCAAUUGGCGGCACCUUUGCCCGUCUUAUGGUUGAAGCCGUCAUUAGAAGUUGAAGUUGGAAAUCGUUAUGAAUCUCCGCUUUACAAGACACCAAUUCGUGCUGGAGUUUUAUCAACAACUGGCCACUCUACGAACUUUGUUUUGUCAAUCUUGUUGGACUCUCAGAAGCCACCGGAUUUUUGGAUUCUUCGUGGAACUGCGCUUGUUACACUUUUGACGGAAUAA